AUGCUGAGGAAGUUGCCGAACGGUGUUUUUCGGGGAAUAAUAGCCUUAAGCGCUGGUAUAGUAACUUAUAAAUAUCACCCAUUUGUUGGUACAAUAGUUUACUGUGAAGGUGUUAGUAUGCAGCCCACUAUUAAUGAUGGUGACUAUCUAGUUGUUGAAAGACUCUCAAUCAUUUUGGGACGUAUUAGAAGAGGAGAUAUUGUGAUUGCUGGUCAACGCAGGAAGUAUGAUACUACGCAUGUUCUAAAGCGUAUCAAGGGUCUUGGCGAUGACCGAGUUACUUUCUGGGACAAGAAUCAUGGGGAAAUCAUCGCUAAGCAGGUACCUGGAGGUCAUGUUUGGUUAGAAGGUGAUAAUACAUUACAGUCAUUAGACUCAAGGUCUUAUGGCCCUGUCCCCGUUUCUCACUUAGAAUACAAAGUAUUUCUCCGUGUAUGGCCGUUAAGUCACUUUGGACUCGUUCAGACACCAAAACAUGCUACUUGUACAACUGAUGAACCGUACGACCCUGCUUUUGUACAACGUGGUUUAAAACGAAGAGGAGAACAGGAAGAAGUUAAGGAUUUUUGA